CCAGGCUAGUGGAAAGGUUUGGGCGAGACAGUGCGCGGUAUCGGGGCGGGAGGAGGGGUGCGAGUGCGCAAGCGCGACGACAGGGACCCGACUGCGAAUCCGGAAUCUCAGCUAUCGCCAGUGUGCUGCGCUGCAUCUCGAGCCAUCGCCAUGGCCGCCUACAAGCUGGUGCUUAUCCGGCACGGCGAGAGCGCUUGGAACCUGGAGAACCGCUUCAGCGGCUGGUACGACGCGGACCUGAGCCCAGCCGGACACGAGGAGGCCAAGCGCGGCGGCCGGGCGCUGCGAGAUGCUGGCUAUGAGUUUGACAUCUGCUUCACCUCAGUGCAGAAGAGAGCAAUCCGCACUCUCUGGACGGUGUUGGAUGCUAUUGACCAAAUGUGGCUGCCAGUAGUGAGGACUUGGCGCCUCAAUGAGCGGCACUAUGGGGGCCUGACUGGCCUCAAUAAAGCUGAAACUGCUGCCAAGCAUGGAGAGGCCCAGGUAAAGAUCUGGAGGCGCUCCUAUGAUGUCCCACCACCUCCGAUGGAGCCUGAUCAUCCCUUCUACAGCACCAUCAGUAAGGACCGUAGAUAUGCUGACCUUACCGAAGAUCAGCUUCCCUCCUGUGAGAGUCUGAAGGACACUAUUGCCAGAGCUCUGCCCUUUUGGAAUGAAGAGAUUGUUCCCCAGAUCAAGGAGGGGAAACGGGUACUGAUCGCAGCACACGGCAAUAGUCUGCGGGGAAUUGUUAAGCAUCUGGAGGGUCUCUCUGAAGAGGCUAUCAUGGAGUUGAACCUGCCAACUGGUAUCCCCAUUGUCUAUGAAUUGGACAAGAACUUGAAGCCCAUCAAGCCCAUGCAGUUCCUGGGGGAUGAAGAGACCGUGCGAAAAGCCAUGGAAGCUGUGGCAGCCCAGGGCAAAGUCAAGAAAUGAAAGCUGAGAGGCUGUCUAAAAUCCCAAGGACACCCUUCCUGCCUAUCCUACUCCUCUGCACCUCUCCCUUGCACAUGUCACACUGACCAGUCUGUAAACAUCUUCAGUUGUAGCUGCAGAUGGGGACCAGUGGCUCCCAAUUUCAUUUUAAUCCACUUGUCUCUUACACCCACUCCAUACAAUCUAGUCAGAAUGGCAUCUCUGGGGCAUGAUCUUCAGGCCAGUCUGAGAAAUUACUCUUGUAAGUUGAGAGGUAGUAACUCUGGGGUUUUGCUAGUGCUUUGUUUAAUACAAGGACCUUGAAUAGGAGACAGGAAGAAACCAAUCUUAAGGCCUGACAACUAAAAGCAAGAGAGCUUAUUUGUUUCCAGAAGCCAGUCUGUCCUGUACUACUCCUUUGUCAGGUGACCAUUUGAGGAGGGGCUUCUAGUCAUUCCAGUGGAAGAUGAAUAUAACCUGCAUGGUGAUUCAGUCAUUUCCUCCUUGACCAUAGAGGAGCUGGCUCCCAAAGAUUGGGACCAAUCCUGAGUGUCUAUGUGUUGCAUUUGCUUUGGGGAAAAGAAAAAAAAAAAAGGAACAAGUAAAUCAAUAUAUAUAAAAAAAUCAAUAUAUAUAAAAAAAUAAUAUUAGACAAACCCCUUGGGUUUCUUAGUGGCAGUUAAAAUACACGUGGUCAUCACAAAAUAAGCCAUUGCUCACAGCACUGCUGGAUAAGUUCCUUGCCACCAAGGUGGAAGAACUCAUCCUGCUAUGUGUUUUAGAACCCCCUCCUACUACCUUAUUGUUUAAUGGCAAUGAAAUGCCUCUGGAUCAUGUCCAAGUGUGUCUUUUUUUUUUUUUUUUAUGGAAUCAUGUUCAUUUGCUUGGUACUCAUUUUGAACAUAACUGUACUAAACUUUUUUUCUUCCAGAUCAGUGUAAUAAAGGAGUGAUGUGCAAUA